CGCCAUGCUCAAAGAAUGCAACAUGGAUCCAAAUGAAACCGCUCAGAAACUCCUCUAUCUUGAUACAUUUCAUGAGGUUAAGAGGAAACGUGACCGGAGGAAAGUGGUGACUCAGCGGCGAGGGAGUAGGGGCGGUGGAAACCGUUACUCUUCUGCUGGUAGGACUGGGAGACGACCAAAUGUUAGUAUGGGGAGAGAUUCUAAAUCUUUUGUGGCAGUUGAGCAGAAAGAAAGAAAUAGUUACACAAGUGCUGCGUACAAUGGAAGCCCGAUCCAUGAAUGGAACUCGCAAAUAGCUGAGCAGAAUAUCAAAGGUGCUGCUAAAGAAACUAAAAGUGUUUGUGAUGGUACGUCGAAAAGAUUGCAAUCUCUGCGGGCUAUUUCAGUGAAGCAUAUUGCAAAUAUAGAUCCCGGCCCUACUCCUACUUCGACACCUACCAUUGCCUCCACUGCAAGAACUCCAGGUGGGAAUUUGAAGCCGAAAUGUAAUCAAGUUGGGAACAGUGUUGGAUUGUACUCUUCUGCAACUGAUCCUGUCUUAGUGCCGUCUCUCAAUCCACGGAACCCUGCCUCUGUUGGUAUAAUUCAGCGUGAGACGGGUAAUCCGCGCAAUGCUUCUGAAAUCAGUGCUAGUCUCCUGGAAGACAGCAAAAUGAGCGGUGUUCACAAUGCGACAUUUAGCCAAGGAUCUGUCGGCAUGACCAGUGAGACGCAACCUGUAGAAUACGAGGGAGUUGGAAGUAGUCAGUCUGAAUCUACAAGACUUCCGUCUUCAACUACUCGCCCCACUGCUGCUGAUGCCAAGGGUCAUCAAGAAACUUGCUUAGUUCAACCGGAUAACACUCCUUCUAAAGGGAUGUCUGAAGCUGAGGUGGUUUCAUCAGAAACUAAUCUUCAUUCUCUUUCUACUGUGGAGGAUCCUAGUCCGGACAUAACUACUUCUGAAGUUGAUGCUAAGCUACAUUCGGCUAGACAUUCUGUGAUUUUCCCAAAUAAUCUAUAUGUCCCUGAGGCUUUUAAAAACUCUAUCAUGUUUGGAAGUCUGGAGUCUUCUCUACAAGAGAGCAACGGCUCCAGUCCUACGGAUGCAUCAAAUGGCAUCGAUAUUGAGGUUUCCAAGGAACCUUCAGUAAUACCUCAGUCUUCUUCCUCGGUAUCUGGAUGCAGCAACUAUCUUGAUCGCCCCCCUGCCCCACCCCAUGUGCUCGUAGACAUAAAACCAUCACAAGAAAAUGCGGUGUCGCUGAGAUAUGGCCAGUCAAAAGAGGAAAUUCUGCAACCGGUAGGAGGAUCUCACAACCCACCUGCUACAUCAGACUACGGUCUGAAACUCGUACCUCCUGCUGUCCAACUUGAAACACAGGCAUGCUAUGGAGGAAACUCAGUGGUUCUAUCAACAUCUUCAACUCCAACUAUGACUCAACCAAGAGGAAUUCCUCAGGGCUCUAUUGCUGCCGUAUCGCAACCACAGAUAUAUCCUUACCUCCGCCAAACAUAUCCUGCGAAUUACAUACCGUACAAUCCUUACUAUUCACAGCUGUAUAUGCCACCCCAGCACGCGCACCAGCUGCUCAGCCACAGCGGGUUCCCUCAUCAACCUUCAGCAGGCAACAUCUACAUGCCACCAACUUCUGCUGCUCCGGGUGCUAAACUCCCUGUCCCACCACCGUCUUACAAGCCGGGAAACAUGACCCACUACGGAAUAUCUUCUGGCUACAGCUCGUAUGGAACAUCUGGAUUGGGCUAUGGCUCCACCGGUGCUCAUGAUAACUCAGGAACAGAGCUAAAGGACAAGAAUAUGUACUCCACAAUCAAACAGAACGAGGAUAUGCACGUGUUACAUGAUCCAUCAGGUGUGCAGACGAAUAUGGUGUACAACGUUCCACAAGCGUAUCAAGCAGCAGGGCGCAGUUCGUUUGGUGGUAUAUACCAUCAGAGCAUGGCAGGGCCGCGGUCAGUGCAUCAACCUCAGCAAGCAACCGGUGAGGUGGCUCUGACUUCUUAUUCUUCUCAACCACAACAGCAGCUGCUCCCUCUGCCUCAACACUACGGCCAGAUGAAUAGGAGAGAAAACGUUUGAUUCUACCGUGUGUGUACAUAUAUCCAACGCGGAUAUGAGAUUAUUAUCAAAUAAUUAUUUUUAGUAGAUGAUAAGUCUGCAAUUAAUUUUUGUUCUUGCUAGUUUUUGUUUCUUCAAUAUGUAAUACAUUCA